AUUAGCCGGGAGUGGUGGCACAUGCAUGUAAUUCCAGCUACUCAGGAGACUGAGGCAGGACAAUUGCUUGAACCUGGGAGGCGGAGGUUGCAGUGAGUCGAGAUUGCGCCAUUACACUCCAGCCUGGGCAACAAAGUGAGACCCCGUCUCAAAAAAAAAAGAAAAGAAAGAAACUAGUGACCAUGUUAGGAACAUGCGGGCAACCAAUGCCCCAAGCUUGGGACAGUAGCAGGCAGGACAGGAAUUCAAGGGAAAUAGAAGUGCCCGGCAGGGGUCAGGGGCAGUGGCUCACACCUGUAAUCCCAGCACUUUGGUAGGCCGAGGCGGACUGAUCCCUUGAGGUCAGGAGUUUGAGACCAGCCUGCCCAACAUGGUGAAACCCCUUCUCUACUAAAGAUACAAAAAGUAGCCAGGAGCGGUGGUGCAUGCCUGUAAUCCCAGCUACUCAGGAGGUUGAUGCAAAAGAAUUGCCUGAACCCGGGAGGCAGAGGUUGCAGUGAGCCGAGAUGGCACCAUGGCACUCCAGCCUGGGCGACGAGCAAGACUCAGUCUCAAAAAAAAAGAAGUGGCUGGCAGGAUCUGGAGACAGACUGGAGCCUCCCCACCUCCUUCCCUUCCUCCUCUGCCCUCCCCCGCCCCACCUCUAGCAGCCCCCACCCUGUGUGCUGACCGUGGAGCAGAAGCCACAGUCACUUCCUGAAGGCAGCGGCCCCAGCUCGGGUCCCACUCAUCCCGUGGCCCAUCACCUGCCUGCAGCCAUGGAGAGCCAUCAGGACUUCCGGAGCAUCAAAGCAAAGUUCCAGGCCUCUCAGCCGGAGCCCAGCGACCUGCCCAAAAAACCCCCGAAGCCUGAGUUCAGUAAACUCAAGAAGUUCUCCCAGCCUGAGCUAAGCGAGCACCCCAAGAAGGCCCCGCUGCCUGAGUUUGGUGCAGUGUCCUUGAAGCCCCCGCAGCCUCAGUUCACUGACCUCCCCAAGAAGCCCCCGCCGCCUGAGUUCACUGACCUCCCUAAGAAGCUCCUGCCGCCUCAGUUCACUGACCUCCCCAAGAAGCCCCCGCCGCCUGAGGUCAGUGACCUCCCCAAGAAGCCCCCGCCACCUGAGGUCACUGACCUCCCCAAGAAGCCCCCGCCGCCUGAGGUCACUGACCUCCCCAAGAAGCCCCCGCCGCCUGAGGUCACUGACCUCCCCAAGAAGCCCCCGCCGCCUGAGGUCACAAACGUCCCCAAGAAGCCCCCGCCGCCUGAGGUCACUGACCUCCCCAAGAAGCCGUCCAAACUGGAGUUGAGUGACCUCUCCAAGAAGUUCCCACAGCUGGAGGCCACUCCAUUUCCAAGGAAGCCCCUGCAGCCUGAGGUCGGUGAGGCCCCUUUGACGGCCUCGCUGCCGGAGCCUGGUGCGCCGGCCCGGAAACCCCUGCAGCCCGACGAACUCAGUCACCCCGCCAGACCCCCCUCCGAACCCAAAUCCGGAGCAUUCCCCAGGAAGCUCUGGCAACCCGAGGCCGGUGAGGCUACCCCGAGGUCCCCGCAGCCUGAGUUGAGUACCUUUCCCAAGAAGCCUGCGCAGCCUGAGUUCAACGUGUACCCCAAAAAGCCUCCGCAGCCUCAGGUCGGUGGCCUCCCUAAGAAGUCCGUGCCGCAGCCUGAGUUCAGCGAGGCCGCUCAGACUCCCCUCUGGAAGCCUCAGUCCAGCGAGCCGAAGCGCGACUCCAGCGCCUUUCCCAAAAAGGCCUCCCAGCCUCCGCUGAGUGACUUUCCCAAGAAGCCUCCGCAGCCUGAGCUUGGGGACCUCACCAGGACCUCCUCAGAGCCCGAAGUCAGCGUGCUUCCCAAGAGGCCGCGGCCGGCCGAAUUCAAAGCGCUCUCCAAGAAGCCCCCGCAGCCCGAGCUGGGCGGCCUCCCCAGGACCUCCUCAGAGCCCGAGUUCAACUCACUCCCCAGGAAGCUGCUGCAGCCGGAGCGCCGGGGGCCACCCCGCAAGUUCUCACAGCCUGAGCCCAGCGCUGUCCUCAAGAGACACCCGCAGCCUGAGUUCUUCGGUGAUCUCCCUCGAAAGCCUCCACUCCCCAGCUCCGCUUCCGAGAGCUCACUGCCUGCGGCCGUGGCCGGCUUCAGCUCCCGGCACCCGCUCAGCCCUGGGUUUGGAGCCGCUGGGACACCUCGCUGGAGGUCAGGAGGCCUGGUUCACAGUGGAGGGGCCAGGCCAGGCCUCAGACCCAGCCAUCCACCCCGGCGGAGGCCUCUGCCCCCUGCCAGCAGCCUGGGACCCCCUCCAGCCAAGCCCCCGCUGCCCCCGGGGCCCGUGGAUAUGCAGAGCUUUCGGAGACCCUCUGCAGCAUCCAUAGAUCUACGGAGGACCAGCUCGGCCGCUGGGCUCCACUUCCAGGACCGACAGCCUGAAGACAUCCCGCAGGUCCCAGAUGAGAUCUACGAGCUGUAUGACGACGUGGAACCCAGAGAUGACUCCAGCCCCAGCCCCAAGGGCAGAGAUGAAGCGCCCUCAGUUCAGCAAGCCGCCAGGAGGCCACCACAAGACCCAGCGCUCAGGAAGGAGAAGGAUCCCCAGCCACAGCAGUUGCCACCCAUGGACCCAAAGUUGCUGAAGCAGCUGAGGAAGGCAGAGAAGGCCGAGAGGGAGUUCCGGAAGAAGUUCAAGUUUGAAGGGGAGAUCGUGGUUCACACGAAGAUGAUGAUCGACCCCAACGCUAAGACACGUCGUGGGGGUGGCAAGCACCUCGGGAUCCGGCGCGGGGAGAUCCUGGAGGUGAUCGAGUUCACCAGCAAUGAGGAGAUGCUGUGCCGGGACCCCAAAGGCAAAUAUGGCUACGUGCCCAGAACAGCGCUCCUGCCCCUGGAGACGGAGGUGUACGAUGAUGUCGACUUCUGCGACCCCCUGGAAAACCAACCACUCCCCCUGGGACAGUAAGACCGGUAGGCGUGGGGCCAGGACAGCCAGCCAGCCCAGCACCUGCUCACCCAGGAGCCCUGGAUCCCGGCGUGGGAAAGUCACAGAGCUGCCCAGGCUUGUACCUGGCCACAUAAAGCACCAGUUUAAAGCAG